GUGGGAGGCCGGCUCGGGAGAGCGAGCGGAGCGCGCGAGCCCCGGAAUGGCCUACAAGGAGAACGUGACCCCUGGUACCGGCACCAGCCUGGCCAAGUAUGGGGUGUUGAGCGGGCCGGGCGCCCAGCGAGUCCCCCGGAAGGAUCCCUACAUGCCCAGCGGCACCCCCUCCGAGUCGCUGCUGGCGCAGAGGGCCAUGGCCAGCACCAAUAAGAUUAUCCUGAAGUCCUCCAGCAUCCAGAAGCCAGCCGUCCCGGGCAGGGUGCCCGCCGAACUCAGCUCCGGUGCCCAGGCGGCUCAACCCACCCCCCAGCGAGUCUUUACCAUCAAUGACUUUGAGAUCGGGCGCCCGCUGGGCAAGGGGAAGUUCGGGAACGUGUACCUGGCCCGGGAGCGGGCGUCCCGGUUCAUCGUGGCGCUCAAGGUGCUCUUCAAGUCGCAGAUGGAGAAGGAGGGCGUGGAGCACCAGCUGCGGCGGGAGAUCGAGAUCCAGUCCCAUCUCCAACACCCCAACAUCCUGCGCCUCUACAACUAUUUCCACGACAAGAAGCGGGUCUACCUGAUCCUGGAGUACGCGCCCCGCGGCGAGCUCUACAAGGAGCUGCAGAAGUGCCGGCAAUUUGACGAGCAGAAGACCGCCACGUUCAUGGAGGAGCUCGCUGACGCGCUCAUCUACUGCCACGCCAAGAAGGUGAUUCACCGUGACAUCAAGCCGGAAAAUCUCCUCAUGGGCCUCAAGGGCGAGCUCAAGAUCGCCGACUUCGGCUGGUCCGUGCACGCGCCCUCGCUCAGGCGGAGGACCAUGUGUGGCACGCUCGAUUACCUGCCUCCCGAGAUGAUCGAGGGCAAGACGCACGACGAGAAGGUGGAUCUAUGGUGCAUUGGGGUCUUGUGCUAUGAGCUCCUGGUGGGGCAGCCUCCCUUCGAGAGCUCCACCCACACGGAGACAUAUCGCCGCAUCACCAAGGUGGAUCUGCAGUUCCCGCCGUUCAUGUCGGAAGGUUCCCGGGACCUGAUCGCCAAGCUGCUGCGCCACAACCCCGCGGAGCGGCUGCCGCUGCGGGCCGUGCUGGAGCACCCCUGGGUGAAGGCCAAUUCCCGGCGGGUGCUGCCGCCCGUCUUCAACCCCACCCCUGCUAACUAG